AAGGAGGGAGAAGUGAAGUGUAGUUUGGUUAGAAGAGAAGGGAAGGGACAGAAGAAGAGAAACAAAGGGAAAAGAAGCGAGGUGAUAGGAAAGCGAAAAGAAAGGGAGAAGGAAGUGGGAGCAUUUUUUCAGCAGAAAACACUACCACUCCUUUCGGUCUCAAAGGAAUCCGACCCUUACGCCGCCGCUUCUGCUGGGAUUCCGCUGCCGCAUCCUAUUCGACCGUUCUGAUUUUUCGCCGCUUUCCUUACAUUUCAUGACACAAAAACAACAACAAGAAACAGCAAAUCCGCCAUGGAUCGAACCAGAGGAAGAUCGUCCUCUAUGUCCGCAAACGCUUUCCCCAGACGCCGUCACCCUAAUAUCCCCCUCCGACCCACUUCUCAGGAGGUGCAGGAGAUGAGGUUAAAGGAUAAUAAUGACGAUGAUGAUAAUAAUGGUAAGAGGGAAUGGACGAAGAAGAGGAGAGGGAGCAACUCUCACAGCACCGAGGAAGAGAGUGUGGGGAAUGAACAAGACGCGCGGUUGCAUUCUAAUAAUACGGCGUCGUCCGCAUCCGAUCAUAACCACCGGGGACGGAACGUAAUCGACGAAGUGAUGAUCGGAGCUACAGUGCCCAGGAGGACUCGUUCAGCUUCUGUGAAAAGACCUCAUCACAGUUGGGUUGAGGAGGAGAGUGCUGAAGAUGCGUCGCCUUCUUCUUCCAAUGUUUCUCUUCCCAAGAAGAUGAAAGCGAUUGAACCGUCUUCGUCGAAUCAGGAGGACAUCGAGAUUGAGAUAGCUGAGCUUCUGUACAGUUUGCGAGCUUCCCAGAACCAUGAUUAUUCUUCUUCGCAGAAGGAUAAAGCAAGUGAUUCCCCUGCACUUUCGUCUUACCCUGCCAUUGAUAUUGAUACGAAGAAAGUGGAAGAUUACAGUUCUUCUUUUUGCAUUUUACCCCCGAACAAUUCAACUCCCGAGUCAGUCGUAAUUGAAAGCCAUCAACCUGCGAAGACGGAGAUACCAUCGUCCGUGUCGCCUAGGACGUCUGGAGGUGAUGGUAUUGAGUCUUCCCUGGGUCCAAAACAAGAUGCGGAGGAAGAUAGUUUGAGUCCAGGUUGUAGAUGUGGGGAUGCUGUAGAUGGAAAAUUAGAAUCCAAGUUGGUUGUCGACAAACAUGAUUGUGCUUCUUCUAUAAGGACAUGCGAUGAUGUUUCGGAGGGCAAUGACAAACCCAAGUUUGAGAUUGAUCUAAUGGCUCCCCCUCCUGUGUCCUUCUCAUCAGAAUGGGGUAAUUUGUCUAGGGGUGAAGACAGUAAUAAGGUGGAAGACAAGGUAGAAAGUAUGAGUAAGAAGGAGAAAACACUGGGAGAAAUUGAAGAGGUGAAAAUGAAAGUUGAUUUGGAGAAGCCAAAUGGCCAUCAUGACCUAGCGACAAACCAUGAAUUAGGAGAACUGGGCAGGAAUAGGGAACAACCAACUACUACCGCUACAAAUGCCAAACUGGAGAAAACUGGUCUCUUACACUUCUUUACUUCUUCAGCUCAAUGUAGUUCAAUGUCUUUGUCAGUGGCUGUAUCCGAAAGGCUAAGCGGUUUCUCUCCCCUUGGUUACGUGCCGCCCAUGGGGACAGCUGUGAAGACAGAUAAAACAACAGGAUUAUUGACAGCCCCUCAACAUGGGAACUUUGUGUUGUCUCAACCUCGACCAAAGAGAUGUGCAAGUCAUGGUUACAUUGCUCGGAACAUCUUCAUGCACCAACAGUGUACAAAGAUGAAUACCCUUUUGCCGUCCACAAUUGGCUCUGGUUCUAUGUGUGACACAAAGCUCAGCAAAGUCCAUUCUGCUGAAAGUGUAGUUGUUGGGAAGCAGUUUCAUAAACAGUCACCAGGCCUCAGCCAUAGUUCUGCACCGGAGAAGGGAUGGACUACCACUAGUGAUUUUAGUGUUGCUGCUAUUAAAAAAAGUUCUGGUCCUGCCAACCCAGUGGACACGACGCAAAUGAAGCAGCUUAUGCUUCAGCAAGGUCAACAUCCAGGGUCUUCUGCUAAUAUAGUGCAUGGUCCUGCUUUUCUAAUCCCUCCUGGCCAGCAUCAAGCAUCUGUAAUACCAGGUACUAGUCCAGCUGGUGGUGUGAACAACGCUAGCAAUGCUUCCUUGUCUAAUAAAUUCCAAAGUUCCCCAGGUGUAUCUCUUGGUGGCGCAACACUGCCAGCAGUUGCUGCUUCAAUGAGCUUUGGCUACUCAAAUUUGGCAGCCAAUGAUGCUCCAUAUAUGACAAUAGUUCCGAAUAGUGGGUAUCCAUUCCCCUUUUCAACUCCCCUUGGACCAUCUGCAGCUAUUAGAGGUGCAAGCCCUGCACAGUCAACACCUAUUCUCAAUGGGCCUUUGUACUCUUCUCAGAUCUUCCACCCACUUCAGUAUCCACAACAGCAUCCUCACUCCCAACCACUUGUUCAACCUAGUUAUCUUAAUGGAAGCACAUCUAGUGUUUCAUCAUCAUCCCAUAAGCAGUCACAGGGAAUGCAAGGUAACAACAACCAUAUUUUGUCCUCCACAACUAUGCAACUUCAGCAGUCACAAAAGCAGCACACCUCACAGUCUCAUCUUCGCAAGCAUGAGACUGGGAUAGCCGGAGAGAAUUCUCCAUUUGCCGCAAGUGGAACAACUUACUCCCAAAAGAAUGGAUUUGGGCAAAACUUCCCUAUUCCAGUUCAGCCACUGGGCCUUUCUUUAGCGCCAUCUACAACAUCAGAUAGUGUUGGUGGCAACAGUGGAAAUUUUGGUGACAAGCAGCAACAGACUUUGAUGGGGGGACUUGAGCAUAUUCCAUCUCAACCACAUGCAAUCUCAUUUGCUGCAUAUAAUGGGACAAGUGUUCCUUCAAAUCUGAACUUCUCAACCAUGGCACAAAACCCUGUGAUAUUUCAGAGCCUGCCAGAUAUUGCAUGGCAAGGAUAUCAUGCUGGAAAUGCAUCUCAUGCAACUCAACAAAAGAUGUAUCCCAUUAUAGAAGGCAACAGUGGGGAUAGUUCUUCCCACCGUGAUGAUGAAAAAGCCACUUCCGGGAAGCCAUCGUCCAACGGACCAACAACCCUUGUUUUUGAUAAUUCAGCAAAGAAUCUUAACUUAGUUUCAUCUCCCAUGAAUGGAAACUGGCCUAAUCGUUCCAUUUCGUCAACUGCAACAACCACAAGUUUUCCUCUUUCUAGCAAUGCUGUAAAGUCUCAACAGCCAUCUCAGCUGCUUCAUCUUCAACAGCAGCAUGGAAUGUUACAGUCGCAACCUGCUGUGGCGACUCGUUAUAAAGCCUCGUCAACUAAUGCUACAAUUGGUGCAAAUUUUUUUACUACCCCAGUUUAUUCACAAACUCAAACUCAAAGCAAAAGUUCGAUUAAAGGCUCCCAGUCAAAAAUCUGUGUAGCAGCCCCAGAUUCUCUUGUUCAUAAUCCGUGUAACAUAACUUCUACUGCUCCAACUCUUCAAAGUUUUUCCCAGGAUCAAGGGAGAGUAUUGCAGGGUCAGACCCAAAUAUCUUUUGGUGGAAAUUACAUAUCGUCCAUGCCACUCCAAGGGCAACAGCUAUUCAAUAACAACCAGUCUCUUGGUAAUACAGUUGCAGGAGUUCCAUCUAGUGGAGCCAACUUGAAGACAAAUUCCCAGGGGAGCAAGAUUAGUUCAUCAGUGAACUCUUCGCAGAUGCAACAAACUGAGAAUUCUUCCACUGCGACUGGCCAAAAAUCUUCCCCAGUUUGUGGGAGAAAUGUCCCAUCCAUCUUGAGCUCGUGCCCCAGUCACCUAUCUGAGCUGAAGUAUUAGAACUCGAACGGUAUACUGCACGGGCAAAAAAGGAUUUCUCUGCAAUCCCGCUAUUGUUUUUUUUUUCUGGCGCAAUGAGUUGCUUGAGGUGAAGCACGCCAUUACAUAGUUUGCAGUAUAAAAGGCUUACGCCUUGAGCUAUUUCCAGAAGAGCGGAUGGUUGAAAAGAAAUUUUUGGAUUGGUUUGGAAGCGUGUGUUUAUAUCCCUUUUGACGUACGGAUGCUCCUGGGCGUAGGAUUAUUGUGGCAAUAAUAUACCAGAGACGUGAAAGAGAACUCUGUUGAUAAUUUUCCUUGUCGUGACAGAACAGAUGCGGCCACUUUUACUAGUGUGUGACAGAUAAUGAAAGGAAGUAAGGGCAUUGGGCCUACAAUUUUGAAAUCUGAGAAGGGAUUACUAUCUUUGUCGAUACUUUUUGAAAGGCCAGUGCAUGUGAGUUUGGCCUUAUUAUUUGACGCGUUAGAUACAAUUCUGAUAUGUAGAUAUAUAUCAUUAUGUCUUUUUCUUUUGGUUUUUAGUUUUAGUUCCAUAGUAGCAACUGUACUUAAUAAAUUAUUCGUUUUUUAUUUUA